GCGCAUACCAACAACGGAAGUAAACUUUCUUCCACGACUUUUUUUCAUCUUGCGCUAACCCCUAACUCUAUGUGCGAGCUGUGGUAAAGUAAAGCAAGAAAAUGGCGCAUAAUUGCUGCGUAAAUGGUUGCAAAAAUCGAUACUCGCCGGCCAGUCAGAUCAAGUUUUACAGGAUUCCCUCCGGAAAUCGAGUGUUUCAAGCCGAAAGACGGCAGUUAUGGUUAGAUGCUAUCCAAAAAUCGAACGGCAACACCAACAACAUAAACCAACACAGUCGGAUCUGUGGCGAUCAUUUUAUCUCCGGAGAGGCGUCCCCUGACCCCGACAUGCCCGACUAUGUUCCCUCAGUGUUUACAAGCCCAAAGCAGAGGCCGAACCCGAAGAGGAAAAGAGUGGAAUGGAUUUAUCGCUUCAAAAAAAGGCGUCGCCGUGCAGCCAAUGCAGGGACGGAGAAUAAAAGUUUGUCUGGACAAAACUCCUCUGAAAAAUGUAAAUCAUCUGCUUCAGUGCCACAUGAAAAUGGUUUUUCAGAAAAAGAGAAAGUGGAAUUGCAGACUGAAGAAUCUUCAACAAAAACUAUUUGUCUACGAAGUUCAUCAAAACCAAACCCUGUGUCAUCAUCACUAACGGAAUCGACAGGCAUCCCAGAACCACAGCAGAUGAGUCCGGUGGUCGUCCUGAAGUCUGUACUUUUACCAGCAGGUGGUUUUCGUUGUGAUCUUUGCCAUCAGACCUUAAAGGAUAUAUCAGAAUUCAUAAACCACUACCAACUCCACCACGUACAGCCGCCCACUGUCACAGAUGAGCCACCUGAGAUGGCUGAAGCCACAGGAAACGGGGAGGAACCUGCGACAGCUGACGCCAUGGAAACCAGUGAGACGAAAGAUAGGGAGGCACCUGCGGUGGAGCCCCCGUUCAUUCCCAAAGAUGAGCCGUCGUUUCCGUGUAACAUGUGCGACCGCUCGUUCACCACGAGUCAGAACCUGAAGCGUCACAAACUGCUGCACGUCAAAGAUGGAAGAAAGUGCCUCAAAUGUGGCGCUCUAUUCUGCCGACGCCACAGACACCUUCUCUUCCAGCCCCGGGUCGAGCCUAUGAAGGAGCCUAAGGAGGACUCUGUUUCUGAAGAGGAGAAGAAGGAGGAGGAGGUGGAAGAAGAGAAGGAGAAGUUGGUGGUGGUGAAAAAGGAGGAACCUUUAGAGCCCAGCCCGACUACUGAAAACAACCGACCAAUUAAGGUGGAGCCAAUUGAAGCUGCAGAAACAAUCAACAAGCCUCAGAUCGCACCGUUACCUCAGCUUCAACGCCAUAUUCCUGUCAUCUGUGUUUUGCCUUUACCCCGAAUUACACAAAUCGUGCCAAAGCCCCUCCCCCUGUCUCUGCCCUUAAACAUCAAAACACCUGUGACAUCACCAAACCCCCCCGCCAUCCCGCCUGCUCCGACAGGCUCGAAUAACUCCAAGUUGCCGACACUUGACCCCAAUAGUCCCCCUGAAGUGCACCCACAACUGCCCCCCUCCCUGGAGCUCUUCUCGCCUCAGCGCCUCACCUCCUCGCUGCUCGAAGUCAAAAGAAACUAUGAUUAUAUUCUGAGCAAGCCGAAAAAGCUGCCGGAUCUUGUGGGGAAGAAGCCUGUAGAGCCGUUCCAUUUUUUACCGAGUCAGAAGCAGGUCUCUCAAGUCAAAAGAGAAAAAGUUGCUUAUGACAUCGAGAUCAUGUUGUAAAGAUUAGUUAAAGUUUGUGGCAUUCCUGUGAUAUUACUGUAAUGUAACACAAUCAGAAGGAGGUGAAACAACUGUUGUGUUAUUACCCGUCUUUUGUUUGCUUUUUGAGUGUUUUAUACUGUUUCUAUCAGUUUUAUAUUUUUUUCCCGUAUUUUGUGUAUCCUUUAAAUGCACACUCCUUUUGUUCAGUGUUUUGAUACAAUAGGAAACGUGUUUAUAUCAGUUCAGCAAGUAUUGUUUUAUUUACACCAUUAGUUUGUUGCAGCUUAGUUAAUAUAGAUCAUCUAGAUUGUUUUUUUUUGUCUAUUUGCUGUUCAAAGAUCUACCUCAGUUACCUUGACACAAAAGUAUCUACCUUAAGCUGCAUUCUAACACUUGCAGUUUUUCCCCUUUUUCACCAAACCUGCCACUAAUAUGCAUUUUUUUAUUUUUUUUAUUUAAAGUGACAAAACACUGGCAUGUUUGAGUGACGGAUUUCAGACUCAUAGAUGUUGUAUACUCCCUAACAACCUUAAAAACUAAACUUUAAAUCUGGAUUAGCCAACAGAGGCCUUUAGUUUAGUCUGUGCUGCUGUGAAUGUUGAGAGUUACAUCAAACUGAGUUGGUCAAAUCUGUGCCUGUUUUUUGUUUAUUUACUAUAUUCGUAUUCACUAAAGAAAAUCCUUUAAAGUGGGCGUUUUAAGAUGUUGAAUGAUAAACUUAACGCUGUCAUCAUUUCAUCAUGUCCACUCUCUUAACAUGAGUGUUGGGAGUAACUUUAACUCUAAUAAAAAUGCUGGAAAUUAGGAAGUUUUUUUGGGGGACUACAGUAGGAGGUGAAAUAAAGUGAUAUAAAAUGAGAUUAAUUUGUUGAUGAUGUAUUUUCAAAUAAACAAUGUUUCUUAUACUGUA